ACUAUACCAUACUGGAUUUACGAGUAUAGAGGGUCCUCCUCUGGACACCCAUUAAACGAAUUCUACGAUUCUAAGAAGAGAAAAUUGACUGACGAGAUGAAGUAGUAGACAAUGCAUGUGAGGCCAAGGACAGGGUGGGGAGCCUUAGAAAUGCGAUUGCAGUCUAAUUUUGUGUGUUGCGGUAGGAGUUAACAAGUGCAGUCAUGGUUGCAGGCACGUUGACAGCAGUUUUGAAGAGAAUGCUACUGUAGUGGUAGACUCUCAGCGGGGUUAAUGAACCAGGCAACGCUUGUUAAGAAUUUGGUGGACGCAAGGGAAACAUUGUGCAAGAUUGAUAGAGUGCGACAUGGGGGCUUUGACCUGAGCGCCAUGGAUCUAAAGAAAGUGUUGGACCAAACGGUCCGAGAAUUUAAGAGGGAAGUGAACAAGAAAGUCCUCAAGGUGCCUGAAAUUGAGCUCAAAGUUUGCGAGGCCACGAGCAAUGAGCCCUGGGGACCGCAUGGAGCAAUCAUGGGUGAUAUCGCACAAGCGACUCGGAACUUCCAAGACUAUCACAUGAUUAUGGGGGUUUUGUGGAAGCGCUUGCACGACUCUGGGAAGAAUUGGCGACACGUCUAUAAGUCACUAGCAGUGAUGGAGUACCUCAUUGCCAAUGGAGCUGAGCGAGUAAUUGAUGAACUGCGGGAGCAGGCUUACCAAAUCCAGGUUUUACUGGAUUUCCAACACAUUGAGCCCAACGGCAAAGAUCAGGGUAUCAAUGUGAGGAAAAAGGCAGAGAGCCUGUUGGCGCUGAUCAAUGACCCUGGCAAGAUUCGUGAACUACAGCAAAAGGCUGCUGCUAACAGAGAUAAGUAUCGAGGCCUCUCUAAUACGGGGAUGAGCUUCAAGCCAAGUUCGUAUUUAAGCACAAGCGGUAGCUACAGCGACAAAGAAAACGAGCGGUAUGGGGGAGGCUCGAGCGUGAAUGCACAAAAGGAUGAUGAAGUCCACAAGGAAGAUCAGCGAGAAUCCAACAGAGACGAGAUGAAUGAUGGACGAGAGCACCACGAAGGUUAUGUUUCAUCGAAAGUGGGUGAUCGCAAGAGUGAUAAGUCUUCAGCGGAGGGAGACAUGAAUCUUGAUCUCGACGACUGUCGCUCAUAUUCUAGAUGUUCUGCAAGCAAAGGAGUAGUGUCAGCUGUGAUGCGUGCCCACACCAAUCUUCUUCAGGCAAGUACAGGACCCACACCAGAGGUUCCGCCUAGCACGUCAAGCAGAGGUCUCUUCUUUACAAUCAAGUCCACUGUCGAUGACUCGAACGAUUUCGAUCCACGUGGAACUUCAAGGCCUUCAGUUCCUGUUGCCAAGCAUGAGAUGUUUACCCAGCACAGCCGAAAUGCAGCCUUGGAAGACCUGUUCACAGAUGUCGAGUUUCAAGCGUCUUUUCCACCUAUUGCGGCACCACUUAGUGAGAAUGGAUCCGAGCAUGGUUAUCCUUCGCGCCCUCAUGCGCAUUGCCAGGCUUCCACGCCCAGUCCUCUUCAACCUCCGCCAUCAGAAAAAAUUAUCACAAACAACGAGUUUCAACCAUUCGCCCCAGUCUUUCCUGAGAGCAGUGCUGACAGCAUCAUUGGCGGGAAAUCAUUUGAACACUUCAACCCUCCGUUUGCAUCCCUUGAAUCGCAAAAACCACACACUCGGGAAUCUGUCAAUGAAGGUUUUUAUCCCUUAAGCGACCAUCCUAACAAAUUCAAUUCAAGGUUAGCAUGUCAAUUGGAACAGACUGCUUCAGGAAGCUCCACUAAAACUAUGACGGAUGAUAUGGAUCUGUUUGGCUCCUUCAAUCCAUUCUGCACUAAGCCUCAUGUCUUGGCUGGGAAUGAAGAGGCCCUGCAGUUGCAACCACAAACGAACCCAUUCUUGUCCACUACUUCUUCAUCAGCUUUCUGGAACGAUCCUCUCAUCACAAGUCUGGUAGACUUUUCCAUUGCACCAGGUCAGAAGAAAGACCAAAACCCUCCACUCAGCAUGAACGAGAUAGGAUUUAACAUGGCCGCGUCCGGAUCAUCUGCCCCUAGACCCAGCAGUUUGCUGCUCAGUGCGACUACUUUGACGCAGGGAAGAGCCCAUGUGAGCAACAUUAUGGGACCAGGUCCCCUGCACCUGCAUGAUUAUCUCACAGUUGUCAAUUCCAAUGGGUGCAAUACUCAGCAGAAUUGUUGUAUCCUUCUUAUAAAUUCCAGGGAAAAUGAGAUGAUCCAUGAAUUGCCGUGCAUCUCGACGAUGUGACCGCGUGAUUCCACACUCGAGAUCAGGCUUCAACACUCAUGUAGGCAUAAGCGGUACAGUCGUCCUGGUCACGAUGCAGCCGCAACUCGUCCUUAAUUUUAAUUGCGUCCAAAAUGAUCAACACUUUCAUGGACAGACAAAAGAUACAUAUAUGUAUAUAUACAUUUAUAUAUUCACAAACAACACUCGCGAAUGCCGGUUGAGUUGAAAGGCUCUCUUGCCAUCAGCAGAUGAUCUUUUAUAUAUUCUUCCUUGGCUGAUCAUCAGCAUGUGACCUCUUUUCUCCUU